ACACAUUCCACGCUCAGUCCAGUGGUUUUGUGACCGCGGAACAGACGGGUGGACAGUGAUCGUGUGUUGGACGACCCUAAGGCAUCACUAUGGGAUGCCUUGUUCAGAGUUCGGUUUUGCUUCUAUAUAUGAGCAGUUCGCUUACAUACAUCGAUUGCUGGAGUCAACAUGCAGUUGAAAAAAAGUUGACGACAAUGCAAAAACAAUUCCCGCUCGAUAUCGUACCCCUAACUGAUGAAGAAGACAAAAUAGUCAAAAAGUAUUACAAAGAUUAUACUCGCCGGUUCCUACGGGUUGGUCCCCAGGGAUAUUUCAGCACCCCAGGGUAUGCUGACCACGCAGCAGACAUCUACAAUCUGGAAGUGAGGCCUGAUGAUGUGUGGGUCACCACAUUCUCUCGAUCAGGUACAACAUGGUUGCAAGAACUAGUGUGGCUGGUAGCAAACGACCUGGACUUCGAGAAAACUACCAACGAACCCUUCACCAAAAGAUAUGCCUACAUUGAGUACCCCACUCAAGCUUCGGAUAUUACUAAGAUUGUCCCUACAAAUCCAUCGCAUCGGGCGACGUUCGACGACUUCCGAACACUGCCGAAUAUGACGUCACCGCGGUUUCUCAAGAGCCAUCUACCUCUGUCUUGCCUGCCACCAAACCUUCUGGACACUGCUAAGGUUUUCUACAUAGCGCGGGACAUUCGUGACGUCGCGGUGUCAUUCCAUUUCGCGCAUAAACUGUUCAGAUAUUUCGACGAUGACGUCACUUUUAAGGAGUUUUGGGACUUGUUUAAAAACAAUUUAAUCCUGCACACGCCGAUAUUUCCGCACGUGCAGGAGGCGUGGUCUCAAAGAAACCAUCCCAAUUUGAUGUUCUUAUUCUACGAGGAAAUGCAGAAUGACUUACCUGACGUGAUUGACCGUGUGUGCACUUUUCUUGGCCGGGAAUAUUCAAAAGAGCAGAAAGAAAAAUUGGCAUCGCAUCUGAGCUUUGAAAAUAUGAAAAAAGGACCAAAAUUGGCACAGAGCAGUGGCCAAAACGAAAAGACUUUCUUUAGAAAAGGUAAAUCUGGAGGUUGGGUGGAAUACUUUGAUGAUGAAAUGAAGAAAGAAGCUGAAGAAUACAUACAGAGAAACCUUGAGAAAACCGACAUGCGCUACCCUACAACAAACAAAUAAAUGAAUAUAAAAUUAU